GCGACCGCAUAAGUGGUGUAGUUCCACACUACCUGGGGGUGACUGUAAUGAUAAAGCUGGAAGCGCGACGGACGAAUCUUCCUUUAUGAGCUCCAUGGAGUGGGACACGCAGGUGGUGAAGGGAUCCUCCCCUCUCGGCCCUGCAAGGCUGGAGUCGGAGGAGCCAGCAGCUCUCCCACAGCUGCCCCGGUGGCUGGAGCCCGAGAGAUGCGCAGUGUUCCAGUGCGCGCAGUGCCACGCCGUGUUUGCCGACUCCGUGCACCUCGCCUGGGACCUGUCGCAGUCUCUUGGGGCUGUGGUCUUCUCCAGAGUCACAAAUAACGUCCUUUUGGAAGAACCCUUCCUAGUUGGUAUUGAAGGUUCACUUAAAGGCAGCACUUACAACCUUUUAUUCUGUGGUCCCUGUGGCAUUCCCAUUGGUUUCCAUCUAUAUUCCACCCAUGCUGCCCUGGCUACCUUGAGAGGUCACUUCUGCCUUUGCAGUGAGAAAAUGGUGUGCUAUCUCUUAAAAACAAAAGCCGUAGUAAAUGCAUCUGAGAUGGAUAUUCACAAUGUAACUCUACCAGAAAAGAUUGCAGAGCUGAAAGAGAAGAUAAUGUUAACGCAUACGCGCUUAAAUUCGCUAAUGAAGAUUCUGGAGGAAGUGACUCUUAAUCAGUCUAAGCCAGAAAACUGAUCCAGAACCAAGGCUCAAGUAUCAGCUUCAGGAUUCAUUGCUGUCUUCAAUAACAGGUGCUAUUUCACGGGGGUGUAUAUAGUUAAUUAUGUUUACUGCUAGACUUAUUUUUUUCCAAUUGCUUUGUGAAGCUGUUUUUAGAUUAGAAACAAAAGAAUCUUCUGUCCAGGUUUCAUAGCUAUUUGCCUUAAGAACUUAAUUUAGCUUUUUAUCAAUUUCAUAAUACUUAUCUCUGAACACAUCUUUACUACAAAUUUAGGAAUCUUAUCUAAAGUUGCUUGGUUUGUCUGAAAAUAGAGAUGAAUGGUUUGAUGUUGACUACUCAUAAUCCUCUAUGGAGCAAUUGUUAUGAAUAGUGAAAAAAUGUUUCUUUUUAUGUAAAAUGGAGAUACAUAAUACUCUGUAGGUAAUAGUAAAUUGACUGGAUAAUGUAUAAUUUAUCUCUUUUCUAUUGUAAACUGAACUUAAGAAGGCAAUAAUGAAAGGAAUGAAAAAAUAUAAAACAUUCACAGAAAUAUUGUUUUCUCUAAUUUUUCUUAAUGAAGCACUUUGGCACCAGGAAAAUUUUUAAAGAAUCUGACCUAACAAUACCAUAUCGAAUAGUCUCCUAUGGGUAUGUCUACCUCAACAUAUUUCCUUACUUUAUUUAAAUUAAAAACAUGUUCUAGGCUCGGUGCCCGUAGCUCAGUGGUUAGGGCACUGGCCACAUAAACCGGGGCUGGUGGGUUCGAACCCAGCCCAGGCCAGCUAAACAACGGUAACUACAAAAAAAAAAAAUAGCCGGGCGUUGUGGCAGGCGCCUGUAGUCCCAGCUACUUGGGAGGCUGAGGCAAGAGAAUCGCUUAAGCCCAAGUGUUUGAGGCUACUAUGAGCUGUGAUGCCAUGGCACUCUAUCUCAAAAAAAAUAAAACAAACAACAAAACUGUUCUAGGUUUGCCAUUUUGGUUAAGAUGUAGAAUAGGCUGGGUGCAGGGGUUCACACCUGUAAUUCUAGCAUUCUGGGAGGGUGAGACUGGUGGGCUGCAUGAGCUCAGGAGUUUGAGACCAGCCUGAGCAAGACCAAGAGCGAGACCCUAUCUCUACUAAAAGUAGAAAAAAGGUAGCCAGGCCUUGUGAUGGGUGCCUGUAGUCCCAGCUACUCAGGAGGCUGAGGCAAUAGGAUCAGUUGAGCCCAAGAAUUUGAAAUUGCUGUAAGCUAUGACGUGAUGGUACUCUACCUAGGGCAACAGAAUGAGACUGUCUAAAAAAAAAAGAGAGAAUAGAAAAUUAAAUGCUUGAACCUGACAUCAAAUCCAUCUGGCUGGCUUUAAAUGGACCUUUUCUUUUCAAAUUGCAUGCUUAUUUUAGUAAAAAUUCACAUAUAGAUGUGUGACAUAAUAAAGAGUUAAAGUACAUUUCUUCCCUUUUCAUUUUUUGCGAAGCACUAUAUGUCAUGCUGUUAAGAGAGCAGGUUCUAGAACAGGUCCUCAAACUUUUUAUUUUAU